ACAAAUCAGACGAUGGUGUCCCCGUCAGUAUCAUUUGCUUGCUGGGUUUUGGGUGCUUUUCAGAAAAGUCAACAUCGUUGCACUUUUCCUGUAUUUUGUUAUUUUUCUCAGCCUCGAAGAUGGUUCAGGAAGACAGAAAGCCCAACGCUUUUGAGAAAUCCAACAAUUUUAUUUUCAAUUUGUUCGACGGACCAGUCACUUGGUUUCACGAUGCGAUCGUUAAGCCGAACCAGAAGAACUAUUCCUGGUAUCAUCAGAAGUUCAGGCGUGUUCCUACAAUUGACCAGUGCUACACGGACGAUGUGGUGUGUCAAUUUGAGGCCGAUCAGCAAUUCAAGAGGGAUCGUUUGGUGGACAGCGAAAUCUUGAAUAUUCUUCGUCAGCGCUUCGAAGAUUGCGUCCACUACGAAAGCCCGGAUCACAAGACAAAGUGCGUUGAUAUUCUUGAGACCUACAACAAAGCAUCGGAGGACUGGUUCAUCAAGUACGGUGAUUUAGGCUACUACGGAGCUGCCAAGGCGGCCUACAUGAAGCAAAAGCAUAGAAUGGUUUGGGAAAGGCGUCACGGGCCAGUUGGGUCCGGAAUGAAAACAGCCGAGUCAGAGGAGCACUAGGAGGAUCACUCGCUUCCCCGGGAAGUUUAGGUAACACCAGAAUUUUUCGUUUUAGUCCAAAAUGGGGUGUAAUAAAGAAAAUAUUGAAAUUUAAAA